AUGAUGCGGAAGCUGGGCAAUGGAUUGCGCGCGCUGCUCCUCUGCGGGCUCGGCCCCGCGCUCAGCGGGUGGUUCAGCGCCGUGCCCCCGGCCACCAACCCCCGGAGCCGGCAGAACGCGGCGGCCCGGGCGGAGCUCGGCGCGCUCGUGGCGGAGCUGGGCGGCGAGGUCACGGGCUACGAGUCGCGCUGGCACUUCCACGCGCCCCUCCACACGCGUUCGCUUUCGCGGCUCCGAGACUUGCGGCGGGUGUCCUCGGUGCGCGCGGUGCUGCUGGCGGAGGAGUACCCUCACGCCUCUUCGGAGGUCUCGUCGGAGGCGUUGGCGGAGUGGAUCUGCGGAAACGCGCAGUGGCAGCUGCUGGACGCGGCGUGGGGACUGGCGGGGAACGACAUGCCGCGCAGCUGCCACGUGUGCCUGCGCCGGCGCAAGGCCUCGUGGCCCGAGGACCUCUCGCUGAAGCUGCGCAGAGCGCUGGCGCUGCGCCUGGAGGCGUCGCGCAACUGGGCGCCGGAGGUGCUGCGCAGCGCCGCAGACCUCGAGCUCCACGUGGUGCUGGGCGCCGGGGGAAAGGUCUUGCUGGAGGUGCCGCUGCUGGUGCAGCAGCGCGGCCUGGCGGGCGGCCUGCCGCAGCCGGGCAUGAAGCAGGUGGAGGCCUGGGCUGUGGCCAAGUCUUUGGACAUCCAAGCGGCUGACCUGGUGCUGGACCCCAUGUGUGGCAAGGGCACCUUGCUGGCGGAGGCCAGCAUUUGGUGGCCGGCGCGGUACGUGGGCUGCGACACAGAUGCCGCGCAGCUGGCGGCGUGCAGGGAGAACCACCGGUACCUGUCGGCCGAGGUGGAGACUCACGUCGCCAACGCCUGCUCCCUCCCACUGCCAGACCACUCCGUGGAGAAGUUGAUGACAGCCCCCCCGUGGGAUCGGCAGUUCGCGGCCGCGGGGGGGCUGGAGGCCCUGUACCCCCGGCUGCUGGCGGAGUUCGGGCGCGUGCUGACGCCCACAGGGCGCAUGGCUUUGCUGCUCAACUCCGCGGCCUUCGAGGUGCUGCGUCCGCUGGCCGUCCACUGGAGGCUGGCCUGGCGCCGCUGGCGCCUCACGCGCCACACCGAGGCCGUGCUGCUGGCCGCCGCCCGCGGCGGCGGCGGCGAGGUGGCGCCGCUGGCGCCGGGCUUCGACGCGCCGCGGAGCGCCUGGAGCCGUCUGAGAGCGGAGGAGCGGCCGAGGUGCUUGAAGAGCAGCUCGGACGCCAAGUCUGAGCCCUGCGGCGGCUAUGCAAAGAGUUAG